GAUGUGACUGGACAUGGCCUCAUCGUAAGGGAGCAUGGUGUCAUAGAGCCUCCAAUAAUACAAAAACCCCGUUCUCAAGGACUUCAGUCCAGCGGCACGCCCACGAGCCUCUUGUCGACUACUUCUACUCUGGAACAGGCCUACCGUCCUGCUCUCUCAUCACCUCUGCAGACCACCGCGCCCAUCUCGCAAGACCCAGACCCAAAGGCCGAAAAGCCCAAGACCACAUCGACAGCGCAGAGGCCUCUAUACGAAAAAUUCAUUGCUUCUGUCCUGUUGACGAUAUCGACCACAUUCUGUCGCCGAGUUGGGGCAGUUCCUCUCAACUAUAGGACUGUUUUACUGUCUCCGACUGCAUACAACGCACAACCGCACGGAGUUGCCAUCGGCAAACCGCAGAUACUGGGCACUUUUAGGGCAUAUCUGACGACAACGGGAGCACUGAUGAUAAGCCUGGCUCUGACAAAAUGUAGAGGGAUUUUAUCACUAGAUGACGCUGUUCCCUCAAGUCUGGCCCCCUCGGGCUAUUCUGUCCUUGCUGCUCCUUUUGGCAUCAUGACUGCUACCCAGAAUUUUGUUCCUGGUGACGGCGGCUUGACAAGCUUAGCUCAGACACCCAUGACCCAAUUUUUUAGUUUCCGCGGCGGACUCGAUGGACAAGAGUCGUCGUGGAAACAGGCUUGCCUCCGGUUCUUGAAUUUCCGGGGCAUAACUGCGUCAACACUCGGGGGCUGUCUUUGGGUGAAUCUCCUGGUCCCUAAGCCGAAGACCGCAGAUACCAGGGGCGAUCACCGAUCCUCCAGCGCGAGCUCUUCAUUCACGCUGCCAUGGCCAAGGCGUCUAUGUUUCCGCAAGAAAAAUGUCGAUGCAUCUUCUACAAGCCGUGUAGUGGACGCUGUACUGAGCGGCCAUGAAGAAAGUCACGAUCCACUUGGCAAUGCUAAAGGAUGGUAUUCCUCUAUUACGGACAGGGAAGAGAAGCUUAAACGAGCUAUGGAGCGUGCUGCCAAUAUCCCCAAGGAUCCACAGCCGCAAAGCGUGGAGUCAAAAACACCUAAACCGAGUGGACUUUCACCUGUGGCCUUGCAGCGUCCCAAUACAGCAACGGCUGGUAUUAUGUACCCAACGCCACCAGAUGGAGUUCAUCAAGCAAAUGGCGUGACCCCAUCCAUUGACGGUACGCUUUCCAGCCCGGGCAAUCCACUAUCUGCACCAGUCGUUGCAGAAGCCGAUGCUUCUAUCCAGAAUGAGCCAACAGGGGGGGACAGCGUCGACCAGUCUCCGGAGUUUGCAGAUUCUAAGAGACAACGGAGUGAUAGUAAUCUUCUCAGUGGUGAUGGUGAGAACAUCUUUGGAGGAGAUAUAGGGAGAGACAUGUUUGACGACAAUGCCAUUACUGAGGCCGACUUUAACUUCUUUGAUGAGAAGCCUGGCGACAUGGAUGCCGAUAUUCCCAUGGCUGAUAUGCCUAGCUCAGAAAUGGCACUUCCUCCACCACCCCAACCCGUUGAAGAGACUGUAAUUCCCGUCGAGACUGCACCGCCACCCCUGGCGCCAACGCCUACAUCCUUACCUCUUCAUCCUCCCGUCACUCCGUCAAGGGUAGUAUUUGCCAAGCCUGAGCUCAAGCAUGCUAGAAGCCAGAAUGAAGACCCAACCCGUCGCAGCCGAGGGGAGAUACGAGUCACGCCUAUAAAACGCGAAUCCAGCCCUUUUGACCCCCAUGCGGUGUUUAAGCGCGUCAAGGCAUCUCUUAAAAUACCGAAAUAUGAUUCCACCACAUCUUCUCAACCCGCGUGGAGAAAAGCCAAGAUCUUUGAGAGCCUCGACUUCGACCCAGCGUUGCCGAUGAUUAAUAAGAAAUAUGAACGGGGAGGGCUAUUCGACCUUAGUGCUCUUUCAAAGGUGGAAAAGAUGGAGAAGCCAAACAUCGAUCUUCGGGCCGUUCCCGAAACUGACUAUCUGAAACGGCAUGGGAAACUCAACAGGAAGCCAAGGGAGCGACCCAUCACCCGAAGCACCAUGGCCAAGCAAUAUUCCGUACUGGAGCCGCAAAUGUCGACAACUAGUCCAAUGAAACUAGAUGGAUCGAUAUCAGGAGAGGACAGCAGCGUCGAAUCAGACCAGGACGACUCGAGCUACACUUCAGAUGAGCCUGGUUCUCCGCACAAGGCCAGCAUUAGGUUGAUAAAUGCAGAUGACGAUAUCCUAUCUCAAAUCACAUCACUAAGGGAUUGCGAUAUUGAAGAGCCUGAUCAUCAACUUGCCAUGGAGUUGCCACGGCUAUCCAAGUCUGAUAUGACAGGAGUGCCCCUCUCUGCGUUGUUCUCAGACCCAGAACCGUUGUUGCUAGACAUGGCCUUGAAUGACGACGAUCUGAUCCAGAUUGCACAAAUUGUGACUGAGCAAGCAGCAACGGGCGGGCUGGAUAUCUUCAGAGCCUCGGAUUUCGAGACGGCCACUCUUUCGGCUAGCCAAAAGCGUCAAGAGCUAUUAACUCAUAGUCGAGAUUCCUUUCAUACACUUGAAGAAAUUGUUGCGCAAUUUUUUGGAGACACCAUGCCGAUGCGCUUGAAAGGCUUGUUGGAUAUUCAAGACGUACCGCUUUUGAGUCACUUUCAGCCAAGGCAGAUCCCUGGCCGUGAAGGAAACCCCGAAGCCAUACGGCCCAGCAACCUAUAUCAGAUUCCUAGCCCGCAUUUGGAAGUACAGAGAGCAGACACGAAGCUGUCUGUACUGCCGUCGGCAGUUUCAUUUUGGGAGAGUUUGGGUCUCUCCCCUUCCUCAGGAAGCAAAAACAUCAAUGCGAUUUGCGUCUUUCCUGGAUGGCCCGGAAUGGGAGACAAUGUCAAGACCUUUCUGGACCGAAUCAAAAGUGUUUACGAGUUUUUGAAAUUGGGCACGUUUGAAGUCAUGCAUCUUGGCGCAGAUAUGGAAGCAGGACUUUUACCAUACGAGAUUGAUAGGAUUACCACUUCACCCGACGCCACCGUGACGGGACACGGCUCGGCCAUGAUUGAGAGCAUGGAAGUGCUGCGUGGGGUAUUCACCAACCUUGCAAUCACCGAGACAAACUUUGUUAUUUAUUUCGUCUACUCGCCAGACAAUCCCGGGACCAUUAUUGAGUCUUGUACGGCGUUUCAGCGAUUCUUUGAAACUUAUCAAAAGAUUCUGGCAACCCGAAAGGAGCCUCCUCAGAAUGAACUAGUUUUGCAGCUGGUAUCAGCAGACCUGCUGUCCUCUCCCUCGGCCUUGGUCGUCACUCCGACUUCAGAUCUGGUCAGACUCUGCAUCGAAACCUAUGAUCGCUGUACUCUAUUUGGGGGGCCAAUGCCUGCCCCAGCAAUCAGACUCGAGCAGCUCCUACCACGCAUUAUCGAUUUUAAACUGACUACUAACCCGUCAGCGUCGCUCAUUCGCGAAAACUCUUGCAUCCAUGUAGCAUACGCCCAAAGUGUCGACGAGCGAUGGAUCACCGCGGCAUGGACUGACGACAGGGGGAACCAGCAAGCCACGGCUUCAUAUUGCAUGGGAAGAAAGGGGAAAUCACCAUCUCGGAACAUGAACGAGAUUGCCAAUGAGAUAUGGGAGACUACGCUCGAAUUGAUAUCUGCCUGGAAAGUGCUUUGGAGAGUCAUCAUUACCAAAUGCGGACCGAUGCCGCAGCAUGAGAUGGAUUUUUGGGUCGACCUUGCGCGCACCGAGAUUAACGCCAAGGUUACUGUGGCUUUGCUCACGGUCGAUACGAAUCCGUCACUUCAGCUUUUACCGCCGGUUGUGAGGCUCCCGCCGCCCUCGGCUGCUCUUCAUACACCAGCAUCUACGCCGCAGCCGAGUGCAUUUUCUCCGGAGCCUCCAACCCCCGCAACCCCUGCUCGCGAAGCCAACAUGACGGCCGCUACCCCAUCUGGCGAUGGUGGCGCUUCUAAUGCUGGUGCCGGUGAUGCGGAUCUGGACGCCAUUCUGACCGAUGUCACUGAUCAGACCUGGGGAGCUAUCGCUGGCCACCGACUCAGCAACUCUAUGAGCAUUCUUGAAGUGCAUCCUGCAUUAAUCAGUGGUUAUCUGAUCAAGCGGACAGGAAUCAGAGUGGAAGACGCUCCCACUGUAAUGGAGGUUAAUCUAGUGUACACAGAGGCCAUGCCGCGAGUGCACGAGCCCCUUUUCCGAGAGAUGUUGGGAUACUUCAGAGGGUUGGGCACCCUGGCCCGCGCCCGUGGAGUGGUCGAUAGGGAAGCAGAUGUGCGGCCCUGGCAUGUUGCGGCGGCCGAAAAAGCUGCGCGUGCGUUGUAUCUGUUAAUGUGA